AGGUUUCUCGUAUGAUUACAUAUGGCGUCUCUCUAGUUCGGAGUGCAGUUUAAUUUUGACGUCGACCGGCUUGAAAAGAAGUGCAACGGUGUAAUUUUUUAUUAAAAUGUCGAAUUCCAAUGAAUUUUCUGACUGGCAAGAAUCAUUCCUAUUCGAAGAUGCUGUCUAUGAUCAAUUACGCAAGGAAAUGAUUGAUAACAAUCUACCUUUAUUAACAAAAGAAAUAAUGGAAGAUAUACAAGAAGAAAAAUAUAAUGUACACAAUUAUUCAAAUCAAGAAAACACAUUAGAAGAGCAAGAUCAAGAACAGUUUUAUCCAAGACCUGAAGCCAUCCCUACAAAGGAAGAAUUUCCAGGACAUUUGAAUUUUCAAUUACUUUUACCAAAUCAGAAUGCACCAAAACAUUGGGUGUACUCUCAGAAUCUUCAAAAAGUAUUUAUCAAUAUGGAACAAACACUGCCUUUACGAUUCAAAUGGGAUCCACCUUUGGAUGGCUUAUAUUUGCGCACAUCUAUGGUAUUUAGUUUGGAUCAAUACAGAAAUGAUCCAGUACAAAGGUGCCACAAUCAUAUGGCACAAUCAAAUCGUAGCAAUCAAGACAUAGAUCCCAGGAUCAUUAAGCACGUGGUUCGUUGUACAGAUCCAUUAAGUAUGUAUGAAGAGAACAACGAACAUUUAUCUAUAGUUACACCGUUGCGCACGCCACAAGUCGGUUCACAAUAUGUACAAAUGUAUUUUAAAUUCUUUUGUAAAAAUAGUUGCACAUCCGGGAUGAAUCGUAGACCAACAGAACUUGUAUUUACAUUAGAAGAUCAUAUGUACAAGGUUAUUGGGCGUCGUAGAUUAUUAGUUAGAGUCUGUAGUUGCCCAAAAAGAGAUAAAGAAAAGGAGGAAGCUGAAGCUAUGAAUACUUUACCUAAUGCAAAAAAAAGAAAACUUUCAGCUCCUUCAAAUAAAAAAGUUAUGUUACCAUCGUGCGAUACACAUGUUUAUAAUGUUCAAUUAAAUGUUGUUGGCAAAGAAAAUUAUUUAGCAGUUAUGAAAUAUGCUUAUGAUGUUAUGGCUGGUCAAGCAUCGCGAACGGGACAGUUCGAAUUUUUUAAACCUUACAUGGAUGAUAUAUUACAUAAAAUGCCGUAACUUUUAAUUAGAAUUUAUACUUGUUAUUAUUAAUUGAACAUUCCACAGAUUUUAAUAAAUAAAAAAAAAAAUAAUAAAAAAAAAGGAUAAAAGAAAGAAAGAAAAGAAAAAAUAUGAAUAAGUUGUUAUAAUUUUAAUCAUUGUUAUGAUCAUAAGAUAUUCUAAACGAUUUGUAAUAAAAUUUUUAUGUAAGGACUACUAUAUAACAACAUUUAAUAUUUCAUUUAGACAAACAUGGAGAUAUACUUAAUCGUACGCCUAAUGUCUUUCAUUUUUUAUCUAAAAUAUUUGUUAAAAUGAUAGUUAUAAAUAUUGAUACGAUAUUUUAACGAUUUUUCCUCCCCCAUACUUUUAUAUACAUGAAAAUAUGCAUGUAAACAAAACAUAUA